AUGUACGAAGAGGGACGGAAAAGUGCUGUCCGGAAUGGCUACACCAAAGGCAUGGACGGCUCUUCUCCGGGAGCGGGAGACGGAGAGGGCGAGGGGGACGGCGACGGAGGGGGCGGGGACACAGAGAACCAAUGGGAAUCCACAAAAGAGGAAGAGGGUGGAGACAACCAAUGGGAUGAGGAGCUGGACGGGGAACCUGAGGGAGGAGCGGACGGAGCGCGGAUGACGAGGACAGAAACUUUACAUUCGACCACGAGCUCCACGGGGACCCAGAGGAGGAGGGGCCAGUCACACAAGAAACAGGUCCAGGGUACAAACCAGGUGCAGAGAGCCCCCAGAGCCUUGUUCUGCCUCCGCCUCAACAAUCCCAUCAGACAGGCAGCUCUGCACAUCGUCGAGUGGAAACCGUUCGAUAUCUUCAUCCUGUUGGCCAUCUUUGCAAACUGUGUAGCGCUGGGCGUUUCCAAACCUUUCCCUGAAGACGACUCUAACUCCACUAACCAUGACCUGGAGCAAGUGGAGUACGUCUUCCUGAUAAUCUUCACUAUCGAGACUUUCCUGAAGAUCCUGGCCUACGGUCUGGUCAUGCACCCGAGUUCCUACAUCAGAAACGGAUGGAACCUGCUGGAUUUUGUCAUUGUCAUUGUCGGGCUGUUCAGCGUGGUUCUGGAAACCAUGACCCAUAAGUCCGGGGAACAGACCCAUCACAUGCCGGGGAAGCCAGGAGGACUGGAUGUGAAGGCCCUACGAGCUUUUAGAGUCCUGAGACCACUGAGACUUGUGUCAGGUGUACCCAGUCUCCAGAUUGUUCUGAACUCCAUAAUGAAGGCCAUGGUUCCUCUUUUGCACAUUGCUCUGCUCGUCCUCUUCGUCAUUAUUAUCUAUGCUAUCAUUGGACUGGAGUUGUUCAUCGGGCGGAUGCACCGGACCUGCUACUACAUCGCCACAGACACGUAUGUGGAGGAUGACCCGGUCCCGUGUGCGUUCGCGGGACACGGCCGGCAGUGCAUGGUGAAUGGGACCGAGUGCAGGGGGAGGUGGGACGGCCCCAACGGGGGAAUUACAAACUUCGACAAUUUCUUCUUCGCCAUGUUAACUGUGUUUCAGUGCAUCACCAUGGAGGGCUGGACGGAUGUGCUGUACUGGAUGAAUGAUGCCAUAGGCUUUGAGUUGCCCUGGGUGUACUUUGUCAGCUUGGUGAUUUUUGGCUCUUUCUUUGUACUGAACUUGGUUUUGGGAGUCCUCAGCGGAGAGUUCAGUAAAGAGAGAGAAAAAGCCAAAGCUCGUGGAGACUUUCAGAAGCUGCGGGAGAAGCAGCAGAUGGAGGAGGACCUGUGUGGGUACAUGGACUGGAUCACACAGGCAGAAGACAUGGACGAACUGGAUGAAGAUGGACAUCCAAAUCCGUCUUUAGGUGACUUAUCCGAUAAGAAGAGAGGAAGUAAGUUUGGGUGGUUCAGUCACUCCAAUGAGACCCACGCGAGUUUGCCAGCGAGUGAAACAGGCUCCGAAAACACAGAGAACAUUGAUGAGGAGCAUUACAACUGCUGUCAGGCCUGCUGUGCCCGUAUGAUGAAGAUCCCCUGCUGUCGAGUUUUCCGUCGAUGGAACCGCGUGUGUCGCAGAAACUGUCGCACGGCGGUGAAGUCCACCACGUUCUACUGGCUGGUUCUGCUGCUGGUGUUUCUGAACACGUCCCUCUCUGCCUCAGAACACUACGACCAACCGGAGUGGCUCACACAACUGCAGGACAUUGCAAACAAAGUGCUCCUCUCCCUGUUCACUGUGGAGAUGCUGUUGAAGAUGUACAGUCUGGGUCUGGCUCAUUACUUUGUGGCGUUUUUUAACCGGUUCGACUGUUUCGUGGUGUGCGGCGGCAUCAUGGAAACCAUUCUAGUGGAACUGGAAAUCAUGCCUCCCCUCGGCAUCUCUGUGCUGCGCUGCGUCCGGCUGCUGCGAAUAUUCAAGGUCACACGACACUGGACGGCCUUAUCGAACCUCGUGGCUUCUCUGCUGAACUCCAUGAAGUCCAUUGCGUCGCUGCUGCUGCUGCUCUUCCUCUUCCUCAUCAUCUUCGCUCUGCUCGGAAUGCAGUUGUUCGGAGGGAAGUUUAACUUUGACGAAACUCAAACCAAACGGAGCACAUUCGAUGCCUUUCCUCAGGCCCUGCUCACCUGUUUCCAGAUCCUCACCGGAGAGGACUGGAACGAGGUCAUGUACGAUGGGAUCAUGGCGUAUGGAGGACCAGUGUUUCCUGGAAUGAUCGUUUGUGUUUACUUUGUGAUUCUCUUCAUCUGCGGAAACUAUAUUCUACUGAACGUGUUCUUGGCCAUCGCGGUGGACAAUUUGGCCGGAGGAGACAGCGACAACAAGAAGCCGGAAGAGAAGAAGGAGGAAGGAGAGGAAGAGGCUGCAGAGGAAGAGGUCAAAGUGGACAUAGAUGAAGACACGGAAUAUGAGGAAGAGGAGGAGAUUCCCGAAGGAGAAGAGGAUGCAGGUGUGCAGUUAAAGAUGCCGGACCUGACUCCACCCAAAGAGAAGGUGGUUCCAAUCCCAGACGGCAGCGCAUUCUUCUGCCUCAGUAAAACCAACCCAAUCCGAGUGGGAUGUCACAUUCUAAUCCACCAUCACAUCUUCACCAACCUCAUCUUGGUCUUCAUCAUCCUCAGCAGCUGCUCUCUGGCCGCUGAGGACCCCAUCAGAGCACACUCUUUCAGGAACAAUAUUCUAGGUUACGCUGACUAUGCCUUCACCUCCAUCUUCACCGUGGAGAUUCUGCUAAAGAUGACAGUCCACGGGGCGUUCCUGCACCAGGGUUCCUUCUGCAGGAACUGGUUUAAUCUCUUGGAUCUUCUGGUCGUCAGCGUCUCCUUAGUGUCCUUCUUCCUCCACUCAAGUGCAAUCUCCGUGGUGAAGAUUUUACGUGUUUUGCGAGUGUUACGUCCUCUGAGGGCCAUAAACCGAGCUAAAGGCCUGAAGCACGUCGUCCAGUGUGUGUUCGUGGCCAUCAGGACCAUCGGAAACAUCAUGAUCGUGACCACUUUACUGCAGUUCAUGUUCGCCUGCAUCGGAGUGCAGCUGUUCAAGGGAAAAUUCUAUCGCUGCACAGACGAAGCCAAGCACACUCCAGAACAAUGCAAGGGCACAUUCGUCAUUUACAAAGACGGGGACGUGAAUAUGCCGAUGGUCCGCGAGCGAAUCUGGCACAACAGUGAUUUUAACUUUGACAACGUGUUGAUGGGGAUGAUGGCCCUUUUCACUGUGUCCACCUUCGAGGGUUGGCCCGCGCUGCUGUACAAGGCUAUCGAUGCUAACGGCGAGAACGCAGGACCCAUCUACAACUACCGUGUGGAAAUCUCUAUAUUCUUCAUUGUCUACAUCAUCAUCAUCGCUUUCUUCAUGAUGAACAUCUUUGUGGGUUUUGUCAUCAUCACCUUCCGAGAGCAGGGAGAGCAAGAGUACAAGAACUGUGAGCUGGACAAGAACCAGCGUCAGUGUGUGGAAUACGCCUUGAAAGCUCAGCCCCUCAAACUGUACAUCCCCAAAAACCCUGUUCAGUUCAGGUUCUGGUCCAUAAUAAACUCCACGGGCUUCGAAUACGUGAUGUUUGUGCUGAUCCUGCUCAAUACGGUCACUCUGGCGGUGCAGCACUACGAGCAGUCCAAGUCCUUCAGUCACAUCAUGGACAUUCUCAACAUGGUGUUCACGGGCCUCUUCACGGUGGAGAUGCUGCUCAAACUGUUGGCUCUCAAUCUAAGACAUUACUUUGUGGAUGCCUGGAACUCAUUUGACGCCCUGAUUGUUGUCGGCAGCGUCGUGGACAUUGUGGUCACAGAAUUUAGCAGUGGGGAGGACAGCUCGCGUGUUUCCAUAACGUUCUUCCGCCUGUUCCGUGUGAUGAGACUUGUCAAACUGCUGAGCAAAGGAGAAGGAAUCCGGACACUGCUCUGGACCUUCGUCAAGUCUUUGCAGGCUCUCCCGUACGUUGCUUUGCUCAUUGCCAUGAUCUUCUUCAUCUAUGCUGUCAUCGGGAUGCAGACGUUUGGUAAAAUUGCAAUGCAGGACCUCACUCAAAUCAACAGGAACAACAACUUCCAGACGUUCCCUCAGGCUGUUCUGCUGCUCUUCAGGUGUGCCACCGGUGAGGCCUGGCAGGAGAUCAUGUUGGCCAGUCUCCCAGGGAAACGCUGUGACCCGGAAUCAGACUACGAACCCGGAGAGGAGUUCAGCUGCGGGAGCAACUUUGCCAUCGUCUACUUCAUCAGCUUCUUCAUGCUCUGCGCCUUUCUGAUCAUUAACCUGUUUGUGGCCGUCAUCAUGGAUAACUUUGACUAUCUGACGCGUGAUUGGUCGAUUCUGGGUCCACAUCAUCUGGACGAGUUCAAGAGGAUCUGGUCUGAGUAUGAUCCAGAGGCAAAAGGCCGCAUUAAACACCUGGACGUGGUCGCUCUGCUCCGGAGGAUCCAACCUCCUCUGGGCUUCGGCAAACUCUGUCCUCACAGAGUCGCCUGCAAGCGUCUGGUGGCGAUGAACAUGCCUCUGAACGCUGAUGGGAUGGUCACUUUCAACGCCACUCUCUUCGCUCUGGUGCGAACUGCUCUGAAGAUCAAGACCGAAGGAAACCCGGAUGUGGAGAACGAGGAGCUGCGAGCCAUCAUAAAGAAGAUCUGGAAGAGAAUCAAACCUAAACUGUUAGAUGAGGUGAUUCCUCCGCAUGAAGGUAAAGGAGAGGAGGUGACUGUCGGUAAGUUCUAUGCCACGUUCCUCAUCCAAGAUUAUUUCCGAAAAUUCCGCAAGAGGAAGGAGAAGGGAGAUCUGAACGGAGAGGCGGAGGAGGCCAACCCCUCUGCUGUCCAGUUGUGUAAGGCGGGACUGAAGACCUUGCAAGACCUUGGACCUGAGAUGCGUUUGGCUCUAAAUGAAGACCUGGAAGAGGAUGAUGAGAUUAUAAUAGAUGAAGAGAGAAGACUGAGUACACACAGUGGAGACAGAAGAGGCUCUAUCCUGACGCCCACAGGUUCAGGGGGGGUGGUCGGAGAACCUGCGGUCUCAAAUGGAGGCGGUCUGAUCCAUCGAGUCGGAUCUCUCACCAAAACACCACCAGGCUCUGAGCACGAAAACCUUGGUCGACAUGGAGACCGGCAAACUGUCAAUCAGCAGAACCAACAGAACCUGCUGCGGAGAGGGUCCAAGAGCAACGGCACAGAGUUCAUCCGGAGAGGGUCGUACAAUAAGGGCAGGAGGGACUCCAGGGAUCGAAUGAGUCGAAAUGACUUGGACCCAUAUGGAGAAAGAAACUACAGCCGUGAGGAGGACCAGGAGAGCAUCAUCUCCAGAGAGAGAGAUGGGCGUUAUCACGACGAGCCGCCGAUUUACAGAGAGCGAUACAAUGGACACCACAGAGACCGCCACUACGACAACGGAUACAGAGACGGUCAUCAUGGAGAUGGGUACAGUAACCAUGGUGACGGGAUCAUCGAUGGGAGGAGAACACCACGAAGAAGACUGCUCCCUGCCACACCCACAGGCCGUAAAGCCUCCUUCAACCUCCAGUGUCUGCGGCGACAGGACAGUGACGACCUGCCUCCACCUGGGACUUACCAUCCCACAUCCCCCCCUCGGAGAGCCAGACCACCGGGCUCUUUUGGAGGCGCUGACCCCCGCUCGGCCUCUUCGUCCUGGGCAAACCCAAACCCUCGUCGUGGGCGUCUGCUGUAUGCUCCUCUGAUCCUGGUGGAGGAGCAGGAGGAGCGCUGGGAACGAGGCCUUGACGGGACCACAGAACUGAAGCCUCCAGGUGUCAGUGUGACUGGAGCCGCUCCCAGUCAAACGUGGUACGGCGGCCCAGGAGGGACAUCAGCCCCGCCUCCGUACCGGGCCUACACCACUCUCAGGGUCCCCUCUCAGCUCUCACACUUCUCAGAGAAACGAGGAUCUGCAGACAGCCUGGUGGAGGCUGUCCUGAUCUCAGAGGGCCUGGGCCUAUACGCUCGAGAUCCUAAGUUUGUGGCGUUUGCAAAGCGGGAGAUUGCCGACGCGUGUCACAUGACCGUGGACGAGAUGGAGUCUGCUGCCUCGGACCUGCUCGGCUCUCACAGUAACCACAGCCUCCUGGACACGGGGGCCACCACCCCAGACCUGGCCUCUGUCUACAGCGACGACGAACCAAUAAGAGCGAGCCGAGAGGAGGACGAGCUUGCUGAUGAAAUGAGCUGCGUGACGUCAUUCUGA